AAUUCCUUGAUUCGUUUCACGAACUCGGAAGAAAUUAUUGGCAAAUUCCGUCCACCUUCUUCCUCCCCGCGCCCUAGCCUCCGCAUCCGCCCCCAAAUUCGACCCUCCCUUCCACAUCCCCGUCCUCCCCACCCAUGGCGUCCGACACCGAGGGCAUAGCCGCGCUCUUCUCCAUGUACAACGACGACGACGAGGACGACGCCGACGAGCCCGGGCCCCCUUCCCCGCCCGCCGCGGCAGCCUCCCCGUCCACGUCACCUCGGAGCGGAGGCGAGGGCUCCAACCCUAACCCUUCGCCGGAGCACUCGUCCCGUUCCCUCCCCCCCGAGGAGCACGCCGCCCGCAAAACCCUAGCGAGCCCCCAGCUCUCGCCGCCGCCUUUCGCGGUGUCGUCCCCCUCCCCACCUCGCCCCCCGCUGGCCGCCCAGCCGCCGCCCGGCCUCCCGCGCCCCCCACGCCGCGGGGCGCUCGCUAUCGUGGACUACGCGCACGACGAGAUGGCGAUGUCGCCCGACCAGGAGGAUGGGGAAAUCAUGACUGACAUCGGCGGUUUGGGCUCGGACCCUCAGGAUUCCGAGGGGAAUCUUGAGGAAAGAGUUCUCUCAGGUACAGUUCAUAUUCUGACCCCAAAUAUACUAUCAGAGACAUCUCAGCAUUCUGAUGCACCUGAGCAGAACCUGGGAGAUGUUGCAAUGGAUGCAACUGAAACCGAAACUGAAGAUACUAGGGUGGAGGAAGCUUCUGAUAUUUCUCCCAAUGUUCAGAAUGAUGAUCCGUUGAGCCGCUUCCUUCCUCCAGCCGUCACUACAAAGUGUUCUGUAGCAUUACAGCAAAAGAUUAACAAGUUCCUUGCAUACAAAAGGUCAGGAAAGAGCUUUAAUGCUGAAGUACGCAACAGAAAGGAUUACAGAAAUCCUGACUUCUUGCAGCAUGCUGUGCGGUACCAGGAAAUCGACCAGAUAGGGACCUGCUUCAGUAAAGAUGUUUUCAAUCCCUAUGGGUACGAUAAAAGUGACUACUAUGAUGAGAUAGAAGCUGAUAUGAAGCGUGAACUUGAGAGAAAGGACCAGGAGAAAAAAAGAAAUCCCAAAGUUGAUUUUGUAAGUUCAGGGGUACAACCUCCAAUUAAUCCAUCUAUAGCAAAGAUUUCAGCUGCCAUAUCAGCAGCAGCAGCUGUAGCUGGUGCAUCUGGUCCAGUAGCAGCAGAAGGUGUACAGAAAGAGGCUAGGGCAAACAAGAAAUCAAAAUGGGAUAAGGUUGAUGGUGAUACUAACCCUGCAGCUCCUAGUGGACAUGACAGUGGAUCUGCAGCACUUUUGAGUUCUGGAAAUGGAUAUGCUGCUUUUGCGCAACAAAAGAGGAAAGAAGCUGAAGAAAAGAGGACAAGCGAUUACAAGUCAGACAGAAGAUCAUAGCGCUUCAGUUUUGUUCUUUACUUCUUUUGAGCGAUAAAUGUACUAUCGGGAUGUUUGGGCUACAUGUAAUUUUGUAAUGUACAAACCAUAUAUAUGUGCUAGCACGAGUGCAUUUAUAAAAAGAACAGGAGCACUGCCUUUAUUUUAGGGACUAAUAUGAUAUGUUUGUGCGUA